AUGCGACGCGCUCCGCUUGCGGCCGCCGCAGCAACUACUUCUGCUUCUGCUUCUUCUGCCAUCAGCAUCACGCGCCUCCGCCUCCCACGCAGUGGUAUCUCUUUCCUCGCCUCCUCUUCCUGCGUUCUGCGGCGGAGCCUUCACAUCUACUUCCAGCAGCGGCACCAGCGCGGCAUAUUCACCAACGCCCUCAACCCCAACCUCAACCACCACAACCACCACCACCAAAACAAACGCGCCAUGUCCACAACAAACAACAGCAGCCAAGCCCAUCCAGGCCCCACGCCCGAAGCCCUCCCCGCCCUCCUCGCCAAACUGCAGUCGCGCCUCCCCAGCUCCCUCCCCCGCAGCGCGCACUACCUCGUCCCCGCCGCGACGCUGCUAGCGCUACGGCAGCCCGCGCUUGUGGGCGGCGUAUUCAGCGCCUUUGCCGGGCAGCAGCAGGGCACAUCAGGCACGGACAGCAGCUCAAGCACGACGACAACAAGCGGCCUCACCUCGCUCGCCAUAGAGCCCACGACGCUAUCGCUCCACCUCCGCGACCUGCUGCUGAAAGCCUGGACGCUAACGGGGAUCCCGCUCGUGAUCGGCGCGGCCGCCUCCCUCGCCGUAGCAGAGACAGCCAGCGGACACGCCUUCCCGGCCGCGCAUGCGCAGCUAUCGGCACGGUACGGCGGGCCCCCACCCUCAUCCUCACCCUCAGCCAGCAACCCCAGCCAGGCCCAAAACCCCUCCACCCAACCCCAACCCCCCACACCCCUCCCACUCGACCUCGCCCCCCACGCCCCGAUCCCCGCCCGCGGCGCCACGCACCUGCAAAACCUGUACCGCGCGCAACUGGGCCCCAUCCUGUCCACCCUCGGCGCCGCAGCCGCAGACAUCACGUGGCUGGAAGAAGCCGUCAUCUACGGGCUCUUCCUCAGCGACGACGCCGUGCUAAGUCGGGUCGAAACCUCGCUCGUCGUGCUCUGCGCCAUCAUGGGCCAGGACCUCAAGGCCCCCGCCCUGUGGCAUGUGCGUGGCCUGAGGCGCUUGGGCGUGAGUAAGGACGACGUCGAGGCUUUGGUACGUUGUGUUGAGGAGGUGGCGGUUUGGGUGGAUGGGGGGGGGGGGGGGUGGGUGGGUUGGGUGGGGGAGGUUGAGGGCGAUUUGGUUGGGGAUGAGGCUUGGGAGGCUGAGGGAAGGGGUGAGGGUGGGCAGAAGGCAUGA